GGUCGCGCGCUCUGUGCUGGUGCAGCUGUUGUUACUGUUAAGCGUCUGACUGACAAAGAGAGAGAGAGAGAGCGAGCGCGAGAGCUGCACACGGAAACAGAUAACAUGGAAUAAACUAAAAUCAGCAACACAUUGAUCAGACUGGGAUUCAAGUAUACAUCUACUCAGGUACGAGUGUGACGAGAAGCAUGUUGCUAAUUUGCACAUCGAUUGGCUAAAGAGGGGUGGACAAGCACGUGCCAGCAGUACUGAUCGGAAGCUGAACUAUGGGGAACACUGCGACUAAGUUUCGCAAGGCACUUAUUAAUGGAGACGAGGCCCUGGCCUCUCAGCUCUACGAGAGCAACCCGCAGUUCAAGGAGUCCCUGGAUCCAAAUACCUCGUACGGAGAACCCUAUCAACACAACACUUCCCUGCACUAUGCCGCCCGGCAUGCCAUGAGUCAACUGCUCAGAUCGUUUCUGUUCAGCAAGGAUGGCAACCCCAACAAGCGCAACUUGCACAACGAGACAGCAAUGCACCUGCUGUGCAUGGGGCCGCAGAUCACGCUGGCAGAAGGGGCGCUGCACCCCCGUCUCGCACGACCCUGUGAGGACGAGCACAAGAGGGCAGAGUGCCUGCAGAUGAUCCUCAAGUGGACAGGGGCCAAGCUAGAUCAGGGAGAGUACGAGAGAGCCGACGUCAACGCCACGGACAACAAGAAAAACACCUCUUUGCACUACGCUGCUGCCUCAGGGAUGAAAACAUGUGUAGAGUUCUUAGUGAAAAAUGAUGGAGACCUGUUUGCAGAAAAUGAGAAUAAGGACACCCCAUGCGACUGUGCAGAAAAGCAGCACCAUAAAGAACUGGCCCUUAGCCUGGAGUCUCAAAUGGUCUUCUCUAGGGAUCCAGAAGCUGAUGACAUAGAGGCAGAAUAUGCUGCUCUGGACAGGAGAGAGCCAUUCGAGGGCCUAAGGCCUCAGGAUCUCCGCAGACUGAAAGAUAUGCUGAUUGUGGAGACGGCAGACAUGCUCCAGGCUCCUCUCUUCACUGCUGAAGCCCUGCUCCGAGCACAUGACUGGGACAGGGAGAAGUUGCUUGAAGCAUGGAUGUCCAAUGCUGAGCAAUGCUGCCAGCGUUCAGGUGUUCAGAUGCCCACCCCUCCCCCGACCGGGUACAACGCCUGGGACACCCUGCCAUCCCCCCGAACCCCCCGCACCACCCGCUCCUCUGUCACCUCCCCUGACGAGAUCAGCUUGUCACCCGGAGAUGAGGACAUGCCCAUGUGUGGCAUCUGCAUGUGCAAUAUUACUGUGUUCGAAGACCCAGUGGACAUGGCUUGUGGACAUGAGUUUUGCAGAGCAUGCUGGGAAGGGUUUUUGAAUCUUAAGAUCCAGGAAGGAGAAGCUCAUAACAUCUUCUGCCCAGCCUAUGACUGUUUCCAGCUGGUUCCUGUGGACGUCAUAGAGAGUGUGGUCUCCAGAGAGAUGGACAAGCGAUACCUGCAGUUUGACAUUAAGGCUUUUGUAGAAAACAACCCUGCCAUUAGGUGGUGUCCCGCAGCAGGCUGUGGAAGAGCAGUUCGGUUAACAAGGCAGGGGCCUGGUAUCACUGGCUCUGACUCGCUCAACUUCCCUUUACUAAGAGCACCGGCAGUUGACUGUGGAAAGAGCCAUCUCUUCUGCUGGGAGUGUCUAGGAGAAGCCCAUGAACCCUGUCAUUGCCAAACCUGGAAGAUGUGGCUGCAGAAAGUUUCAGAAAUGAAACCAGAAGAACUAGUCGGCGUGAAUGAGGCCUAUGAAGAUGCGGCCAACUGUUUGUGGUUACUCACCAACUCCAAACCCUGCGCCAACUGCAAGUCUCCGAUUCAGAAGAAUGAGGGCUGCAACCACAUGCAGUGUGCCAAGUGCAAAUAUGACUUCUGCUGGAUCUGCCUGGAGGAGUGGAAGAAGCACAGCUCGUCCACUGGAGGGUAUUACCGCUGUACCCGUUACGAGGUCAUCCAGCAGGUCGAAGAGCAGUCCAAGGAGAUGACGGUCGAGGCUGAGAAACAGCACAAGACCUUUCAGGAACUUGACCGCUUUAUGCACUAUUAUACAAGGUACAAGAACCACGAGCACAGUUACCAGUUGGAGCAACGUCUACUAAAAACAGCCAAAGAAAAAAUGGAACAGCUAAGCAAAGCCCUCAGUAGAGCAGAAGGAGGCCCUCCUGAUACCACCUUCAUUGAAGACGCAGUCUGUGAGCUCUUGAAAACUCGUCGUAUCCUCAAGUGUUCGUACCCGUACGGAUUCUUUCUUGAACCAAAAAGUACAAAGAAGGAAAUAUUUGAGCUUAUGCAGACUGACUUGGAGAUGGUAACGGAAGACCUUGCUCAGAAAGUAAACCGGCCUUACCUCCGCACCCCUCGCCAUAAAAUAAUCAAAGCAGCAUGCCUUGUUCAGCAAAAAAGACAGGAGUUCCUGGCCUCUGUGGCCCGUGGCGUUGCCCCUAACGACUCUCCUGAAGUUCCCCGGCGCAACUUUGCUGGAGGGACGUGGGACUGGGAAUACUUAGGGUUUGCAUCACCUGAGGAAUAUGCUGAGUUUCAGUACCGGAGGAGACACCGACAGCGGCGCCGUGGAGACAUGCACAGUCUGCGCAGCAAUACUCCAGAUCCUGAUGACCCCAGCGAGAGCACUUUAGAUACCCAGGAGGGUGGAAGCAGCUGGAGGCACGGUACCUCCAUGAUGAGUUCUGCUUCUAUGAGUAUUCUGCAAACCUCUUCACUUCAUGACUAUACCCCUGUGAGUCGCUCUGAAAACCAGGACUCGCUGCAGGCUCUGAGCUCUCUUGAUGACGAUGAUCCGAAUAUUCGCCUAGCCAUCCAGCUCUCACUGCAGGAGUCCGGGCUGGCCACAGGCGGAGAGGCCCAAGAGUUUCUCAACAAUGAAGCCUCACUGGGGGCCAUUGGUUCUUCCCUGCCCUCCCGGCUGGACCCAGCCCCCCAGAGCACAGAGAUCCCCAGGGCCGCUCUGAGCAGCUCCGAGCUGCUGGAACUGGGUGACAGUCUGAUGAGGCUGGGGGCUGUGAACAACCCCUAUGCUGGAGACCGCUUUGACAACCUGUGCCGUUUCAGGGAGGAUCCUGGUGGGCUCUUCUCCUCCUCCAGCGACACAGACUCCACAAACCACGAUCCUUCUAUGAAUGCAAACCUUCUGGGGAACAUCAUGGCCUGGUUUCAUGACAUGAACCCUCAGAGCAUAGCACUUAUCCCCUCCAUGCCCUCAGAAACAGACCUGGACUCGCAGCCUCUUAGCACUGCAAAAGAAGUGGAGCCCUUCAAAAUAGGGGAGGCGCUCCAGACCCAGGAGGAAGAGCACACCCUCUUCAAAGCCGCAGCAGUCAGUGAAGGUAGCAGGGCUGCCCAGAUAGAGAAGGGUGUUUCACAGGAGACCACUGGUACACAGGAUCUAGAACCAGAAAGUGAAGACUUUAGUGUAACCCACUGUAGUGCUGAACUUAGUCUAACAUGCAUGUCGGAAUGUGACCCCAGCGCCAAUCAUCCACCUAGCAGCAGUAGUACUACUAUGCCUGAAUGGGAGGAGCAGGUGCACCUGGUUUGAACAUGCCAGAAAGAGAUGUAGCUGACCUGUAAAAUCAUAAACACUUUGAUUGGCUUAUUAGCAGCAGUGGCAGUGGAUUAUUUUCUUUUCUUUUUUUAAUAGCACUACAGACAGUUUUUCACUUCUUCUUUGUAGGAGGGAAACAAGAUAACGUGGAAUUGCCGACAUUCCUGUACAGUAACAGAAAAAGAAUCAUAGCCCUUCGGAUACCAUGAUGAAGUCCUCUAGUAUAUUGUGGGUAAAUAAAAUACAUAAUAGCAAACUAUAAGUCUGAUCAGUUGCAGUCCAAAAAAAAAAAAAACACUUUCAUUGAUGACAAAAUUCAAAAGUGUUUUAUUUAAAGAAUGUUGCUCUAGACUAGAUGUUCUCAAACAUGUAAUAGAUUAGGCUUUUAAAAUAAAAUUGCAAACAGUACUUUGUACAUGAACAGCAUUGCAGCACUCCACUCUUGUCUUUUUUAUUGCAAGCAUUAUUGAGUGAUGUGAUCAGACAGCUUGAUUGGACAGGAGCUGAUGAUGCUUCUUUGUAGUGCUGUAUGUGCUGCAGUAUCUGAAGUACAAUCAAAGAGGUGGGUUGGUCUCAUUUGUACAAAAAACAAGAGCUCUGCCUGUAUUCUACCAAAAGGUGCCAAACUGUAAUCAAUUGAACCAUAUUUCACUAGGUUUAUCAAAUGCAAGUUGUGCCUGCAUUGCUGCAAACCAAUUAGACAUUUUCCUUAUACCUUUUUAAUAUAAAUAGUUACCAGUGACGCUGUGUUUUAACCCUGUACGAGCUCUAAGUUAUUUUACUUCAAAGUUGCUGAUUCAAUGAAAUAAAAGUAGAAACUUCAGCCACAGAGGCACUAUUGAUCAACAAAGACACUUUAUUAGAAGUUUAGUCAGUUUUCUUUCCUAAUUUAGCAAAGUAUUUUCGCACUGUGCCAUUGAUAAAUUGAAAACCGAAGCUUGAGCAGCUCUGCAAUAGGAAGCUGUUUUUCGCAGUCUAAAUAAGCUGCAACAGUAUCUUCUAACAGAUGCUCUACUCAAUCCAUUGCCGUGCCUUUUUGUAAAUCCAUUUUAUUUAUUACCACAUGUCAUUAAUACUUCCUGACGCAUGCAUACUGACUAAAUAAAUUCCUGUAAAAAAAAAAAAAAAAGCUUAUGGUGCGUUCGUCAAAAAAAAAAAAAAAAUCAGUGUCCAAAUAAAUUGACUUUUUUUUUAAGGCUUUCUUUGUCCUGUUGAUAAUUAUUAUUUUUUUAAUACGUUGAGUAAUACCAUACAAUUUUUACAUGAAUAUAGCCAAAUGCAUCCUGGCCACUGUUGGUUAACUCUUAACAUUUCAGUUAAAUGUUUUCUUUUGGAUUUCAUUAAAACAUUGUUUAUGUUUUGUUUAAAAAAAAAAAAAAAAAAAAAAGUUGGUUGUUGGGUUGAGGCAUGACAGUUGAAAAGAAAGCUUACAUUUAAAUGGAUAACGUGUAAGUACAUAGCUGCAAGUGUGUAAUUCAUUUUGAUGUUGGAGGUUAAAAUAGUAGAAGAACGCUAGAGAUGCAGAACCUGGCUUAAAUUAUGAAUGAGCAAUUGAAAGUCCCUGAUCUUAAUAGCAAAUCAAGCUUUCAGCAUAUUUGGCUGUAAAAUUUAAUUGGAUCUAUUGCUUUCUUUUUACAAUAUUUAAAUUUAAGACAAGUUUUUUUUUUAAAUCUUUUCUCAGUUUCACUGUUAAAAUCGGUAUUUCCCUAAAUUAGUGUGUGACUGUACUACUAAUUGUAGUUUGCUAAAUAAAACAGUUGCAAAAAAAAAAAAAUGUAUUGCAUUGAAUUAUGUCUUGCAAAGUAAAGCUGUGUAAGAGUGCUGUAAAUGGAGUUAGUGAACUUUGUGGGACUCGUGUUUUGUAACCAUUGUUUAAGUUGUGCAGUUUAACCAUUGUCUCCUUCUGUGUAGCAGUAUUCUGUGCAUGAAAAAAUAGGUCAUAUUAAAUUACAUUUUUAUUUUCUUGUUACAGAAUUUUAAAAUGUGUCAUGGCAAAUGACUUAAAAAAUUGGCAAACCUAUUUUGUAACCCAGUUAAUUUUAUAUUGUAAAGAGCAACUUAAGCUUGAAAUGCUAUUUGCACUUUCAUAGUCUAUACUUGAUACAUUCCCAGUUUAUAUAUGGAAGUAAGUAAUGUUUGAUGUCUGGCCAAUUAAUGAAAUUAUCGAUUAAGUUUUACUCUGAAUAAAAAUUGUGUAAAACU